CCCUGAUUAAGUUGUUCAAAAUGGCGGCUUCUUGAGAAGGAUUUUGGCCGAAAAAUUAUACGAAGAGAAAAAAAACAUGGAUGAUAGAUUGAAGAAGAUGAAAGAAAAGUCGAAGCUUCGACGACAACUUCUUGCGCAACAGGUAAAAUGUGCUCAACUUUUCCCGGCGAAAUUGUGAAAUAAGGUCAUUUAAUUAUUGCAAAAAAUGGGAAAGCUACUGUCUAAGUUUUAAGUGGCGAGGGAUCAAGGAAAGAUCAGUCGUGCAUGCAAUUAAUCAUUUCAUAUCCGUCCUGGGCUGAAACGCAAAUCGAGUGUGCUAAAGUUAGUCAAACUUUGGGGAUCGCUGGCGAGAAAUUUUGUGUCUAUAUCCUAUUAGACGUAUUGGUGUGUGUUAUUAGUGGUGAUAUUCGCUGAGUAUCUUUACGAGUUGUGCCGUAUUUUGACGAGCCCUUAGGGCUCGUCAAAAUACAAACAACAAUACAUUUCUCAUUAGGCGGGAAAUGUAAAGCGGAUAGAGAAGCGUAGCGCACGCAGUCGACUGGUUAAACAGGUCUUUUGCAGUACAAAACGACUAACUGUUCAAAUAAACAUAUAAUAUCGCAGGAUAUUUGUACUCUACUUUGUGCUGUUGGACAAUGUGUUAAUCUUUCUUGCGCGAUUUUGUUAAAAUGUUACACUCCUUACAUUUUGGAGCAUGCUGGGUUGCCUUUUCUUGCAAUGUGGUGACAUCCCGGAAUAGGCUGGGUUAGGAGGGGAACUUAUGCCAUACUUUGAUGUGUUUGUUUUGGAGAACUGGAAACACUGACUCCAUUGAGUCCAAAUACUUUAAAUUAAAACUAUCCUGUGUAGAAUUAAAUGAGAUCCUUUAUUUUCACCCAAGUUCAGGACAAGAAUGGAAAAAACCUUUUUGAUGUUAAACAAACCAAGAAAAAUACUGUGCAUCACUCUUGUGAUGUAUAAACGACAUAUGCUAUACUGCUGGCCACAUCUCUCUUCAUUUUAAUGAGCAAAAUUGCUACCUCUAAACCCAACUUAAACUGUGGAAGCCAUUUUGAAGGUUCAUGUGUCAUGGGAAGAGAGCAAAUUUAUAACUUUAAAGAAAGCAGAAGGAGAAUAGUCUCACAGAUAUGUAUAUCUCACUCCAACUGAAGACCAAGACUAGACAUGCUGUAAGACUAUAGCUAAAACAUCACAGCUAGUCACAUGAUAACUGGUCAAGUCACAUGAAAGUCAUCUUGCCAGAAGUCAUUUCACUUGGAAUGGCAACUUGACUGUAAACCAGCCAUGUGACUUGGAAAGAUAGGUCACCCAGAAGGGCAACUUUCUUGCCAAUUUAAGCUAUGAAUACUUCUUAUGUCUAUGGCAACCAAAGUUGUCACAGCAUGGAGUGCUGCAUCCAGGGGAGUACCAUGCAUCUUGGUACUCCUUCUUAUCUGUGCUGUCAAUCAUGAAAUGUACAUUCUGGUGAUUUAGCUUGGUGCAUCAGGAGGUGAUUCCAUUGGAGAACUACUGACCAGUAGAGAGGAACAAGAAAGCAAACGGCUCAAGUUCACAGGAGAACAGAAGGAUGACACACAUCAAUCUGGAGGUUAUCCAAAAGCCUCAGACAUUGCUUUGCCUGGUGUCCCUGCGGGUCCAACCAAGGUUGGUUAUUGGAAUAUUUUACAUAUGACUAGGAGCUCUUAAAAAAAGGAAAAAGUAUUAUUAGCAGGGGGCAUUCAUUUUUUAAAUUAUAUCUACCAAAUCACUCACAAUGAAUCUCUUGUAGAUAUUACGUCAAACAGAAACAUGCAUGGUUUCAAUGUCUUCCUCAUGUAGUACACAUUUCCAAAAAUGGUCAAGAUUAGAUUUUGAUUUUCCAGGUGUUGAUAUCAAGAGAAAAGAAAAGAGAAGGUAAAAGCAUUGCACAAGAGAAUACUGAAGACUCAGAAAACGUAAGUCAUGCUUAGAUUGUUUGACCCUUUCAGUCCCAUAUUUCUCAUUUCUGACUGCAAUACAGUUCCUUGUAUAUUGGACAAGGGAAUUUGGUGUUAGAACAAUAGAAUUCCCUCUUGCUGAUAAACUUGUCUUUUCUCCUUACCUGUUUGCAAGAUAACAUAUUGUAAUGGUAAGGACAAUUUACGAGUUAAUCACUUCUGGGAAUUGAAGGGUGAACUAUAGUCUACAGGAGACAUAACUGGUUUCUUUAUGAAUGUGGAACCAUUGCUAAUGGAAAAAUAUUUUUGAUGACUAAAAAUUUACUUUAGUAAAGAAUAUUGUUUUGGGAAAAGUAAAAAGGAUUGCUUAGCCUUCUGUCAGCCUGUUUCUUUCGAAAUGAACAGGCUUUGAUUGCAGCUGAAAAAAUGCUCCACUUCCUGGUUGUUUGAAGGGCAGAUAACUCUAUCCCAAGGAUAAAUCACUAUCCAGUGGAUAAGUGUUAACAGAAUUUACUACACUAUCCAACUGAUAGAGAUUUAUCUAGUGGAUAGUGUUAUCCUCUAUUUACACAACUGCAGCUAGUAUCUGUCAUGGUAUGUGCAUUUAAAAGAGGUUAAUCAAGGGACACUUCUUGUGCUCUCCAAAACUGUCCCCUGAAUUAUAAUACAAUCACAUCACAUGAUAUUACAAGUCUACAAAAGUCAGUUAAAAUGUUUCUAUGGUGUUCUAUGAAAAUUACCUUAGGGCUUUUUUUGUUGUGUAGUUGUGCAGUGUGAAGUUGAUAGCUCAAUCCUUUUAACCUUCAUCUAUUUAGAAUAAAGACGACUAUGAAGGGGAAGAUGUUGAGGAAGUUGUGUACAAAGAUUCCAGCCACUUCUUGAAGGUACAUAAUGGAUAUUACUUUUAGACUCUUAAACAAGAGAAGAAGUGUACUUAGAUGCAUAUCUUCAAGCUCUGUGGAUAUUAGAUUGAACAAAACUGUAGAAUACAUGUAUAUGAAAAGGUGUGCAAACUUACAAAUUAACUUUUUUUUAACUUGAAAGUAAUGUUUUUGAAAAUGUUCACUUUGCAGACUUGGUUACAUAGAGGUGUUAUUAAACUCAUAACCUUAAGUGUAAAAAAAACUUAAUCUUGAACAAGUGGGACAAGUUGAAUUUUUUUACAGUUUGGCUCAUUCAAAUGACAUUGACCCUCUUGACAUGGGUAAAUUUAUUUUGAUGUAUUUAUCAGAAGUUUUUGCCUGAUUGUAAUAAACUUUUUUUCAAAUUUCAGGGAACACAAAGUGCCAACCCUCACAAUGAUUACUGUCAGCACUUUGUUGAUACAGGACAGAGGCCUCAUAAUUUCAUCCGAGAUGUGGGUGGGUAGUUUUUUUGAAUGAAAUGUCUGAUUUUGCCUUAGUACGGUGGCAAGACUACUGAUUUAAAACUCACUAUUUGGUAACCUUUCUAGAAAUAGAGGUUAACUUGUUAGAAAAAAUGCUGACUGACUCUUACAGUAAAGAAAAAAGGGAAAUAUUUAUUCAAAGUAAACAAUGGUACAUGUAAUUAAAUGUUUUAAACAUAAAUUUCUAUGUGAGGUGCAUUUAUGGCCAUCAAAACAAGGAAUAAAAACAUUCCAACUUGCAACAGGACUAGGGAACAGAUGAUAACAAAAAUGGUUGGAGCUUGAAGGAUGGCAGGCCCAGUGUUCCAACCCCUUUCUGAAGAGUCACAGACCUUAAUAACUCAUUUUGAGCAGCGCUGGCUAAACACUUUUCAUGACCAAGUACAGUUUUUAUGUGACUGGUUUGGGGGAGGUUUGUAGAUGAUGCAGGACUGUAAACAUACACGAAUACAUGAAAAAGGCGUGGUGUUGUCAAGAACAAAUGGUGUUAUGUUCUGUGUUUUAGGACUUGCUGAUAGGUUUGAAGAAUAUCCUAAACUCAGGGAACUUAUCAGACUUAAGGUAACACUAUGAGUGCUAUUGGGUUGACUUUUUCCUAAGUAUAUUCAGAUGUACCACACUUAAUUCUUUUAAAAAGAAAAAAAAAUCGUAUGAAUCAAUGGGUGUGGCGAUUAAAAUGCUUGAAUUGCUCUGAUUAUUAUUUUUUUUCAUCUUUCCCUGCUUUUAGUGAAACUUACUGUCAAUUUAUAAAUAAGUUUUGAGAACUUGGUAAUAGAUCAAGAUGACAACUUCAACUUGAUAAGUUUGAGUAUUCUCAUUACCUGUUUGCUGAAUAAUGUAUGGAUAUUAUAGGGAGAAGUUACAUGUUAAUCACUUCAGGGAGUUAAAGGGUUAAGUUCUACAUCAUAACUAGGGUUUAUAGAUUUGGAUUUCUGUAGUGGAUCAAUUUUUUAGGGUGUUGAUGUUUUUGUAAUUAUAUGUCAUUUAAUCAUCUUUUAGGAUGAGAUCAUUUCAGAAAGAGCUACUCCCCCAAUGUAAGUAAUGGUGUUAUAUCAUCAUAACAGAGGCAUGGUUUAUGGUGUGACUUAUAGACACAAGGGGAAGUUUUUGUGGUUAGGAAUCAAGGUUGCAAGUGGGUGAAUUGAAGUCCAACUUUUACCUCCCAUGAUCUGCUAGUAGUGGGUAAUUGGUCUUAUUGACUGAGUUGAUGACAUAAAUUGGCCACUUUAAAGAGUUUCAAAGCUGACAUUUAAUUAGAGUGCUGUGAUGAAGGCCUAAUGCGCAAAAUGUCACUUUUGUUCCUCUUUAUUGUGGCCAAUUUAGGUUUAAUGGUCAACUCAGUUAAUAAUAUAUAAUCACCCUUUUAUACUCUCGCACUGACGUAGCACCUCAGUUUUCUUUAGAAACUUACUCCCUUUAUUCAUCUACUAGUAAUUGUUCUCCUUACUGAAUCCUUUUCUUGUUAAUUAUUUGCAAAGAGAUGAAUCUUUUUUUUUUCUUGUUUUUUUUAAUUCAUGUGCCAGUUUUUGAUUAUAUAUUUUAAGGUAUCUUCAGUGUGACUUGGAUAUGUUUGAUCUUGAUGACCUUGAAUGUAAGUUUGACGUGUUGUACAUUGACCCACCCCUGGAGGAAUAUCAACGACGUGCUGCUGGUACUACCUUCAACUGGAAACCGUGGACCUGGGAUGAGGUCAGUUGUAUGCCUACGUUUGUAAAACUUUAAGGGCUCAGUGUUUGAAGCUGAGUGAACUGAUGCUGAUCAGGAAGCUCAUUACAACUUCUGUGGCGUAAUGUUAUGAGGUGUCUGUAUUCUACCUUAGAUGGCAGUAACCCCCCCCCCCCCAAAUUAUUUGGGCAUUAGCCCUUGGUCAUUUGCUUGGACAAAAGGCUAACUAAAGGCUUAAAAUGUCAGUAUUAGAAACUCUUUACAAUGGCCCAUUUACAUUAUGCAGUAAAUAAAACCAAACUCUCUUGUAAUAGCUCCCACCUAUAGAGCACUAACAGUCAGCUUAACCCUUUAACUCCCAGAUCACAUUUGUAAUUCUCCUUACUGCCAACCAUACAAUUCUUAUAAUGUUAGCUCAGAGAAUUGAGUAUUGGAUCAACUAAUUAUCCCAGGCCCAAAUUAUUAUUUUUCUUUAUUCUCAUCACUUAUCUGAUUGAUAUUGUAUUGAUAUUGUAAGGAGAAAUUCUGUCUUGGUUACUCAUGGGAGUUAAAAGGUUAAAAACUCUAAUGCAGUAGCCAAUUUCUAUCAUCAACUCAAGUAAUGAAACCAAACCAUCUUGUUAUGACUUCCACUGAUGCAGCACCACAUUUUUAGAAACUUGCCCCCCUCCCUCAGAAUUAUGUUAAGCUUCUCAGUCAGUUCAUUGGUACACUUUUGAAGACAGUGCUUUCAAUAAGACCUGCCACCUGUCGGGGCUCUGUUGGGAAUUCUGUUGAGAAUUGCUGCGUAUACUUAUUCAAGUAUUCAAGUCAAAUUUUCAGAACCAAAAAGUAAAAAACUUAAAAAAUAAUAGUAAAUUUUAAUUAGCAUUUGUAGUAUUCACCUUAUGUAUUUGUCAAAUUCUGUGGUCUUUGAUGGUUACAUGUAGGUUCAUUCUUUUGCUGGCAGUUUUCUUUUUCUGCUUGUUUUGCGUGUUCUACAUAUAUGUUAAUUCAUCAUGCGUGAAGUAGAUGUACACAUUGUUGGCUGCUUAAAAUAAUUUUCAAGCAAUUUUGAGCUGAACUUAAAUCAUCAAGUAUUUUUGGACAAAUAAAACAACUGUACAAUACUUUUUCUCGACUGUUAGUUAGAAAAAAAUUGAAAAUCAAAAUUGUCAAAUAGCAUACUUAUUGAUAAAACACAGAUCAAAUUUGGAACUUUUUUGAAAACUAAGAGGUUUUAAGAGUUUGCAUUAAAAACGCUCACCCAAGGCUCAGCUGCAUCUAGAGAGUAACAAAACAGAAAAUGAACACUUAGCAUUUAACCUUUCAUUAAAAAAUAAAAGCUUGCAUUUGUUGUGAAAAGCAGAAAAGACCAUGUUCUUAUAGUUACUGGUAAGCCAGUACAUGAGUAAGCGACUUUUCAUUAUUUUUCUGGAAGCAAUCAGUGGCUCAUCAAUUGUUUACAAUCUGAUAUGAAACAUGAGCUGUGGGAAUUUGUUAGCCAUGAAAAGGGCCAUGAAAUAACCCAGGGUUAGUGUGAAAUCUGAUUUCAGAUCUUAAAACUUUGAAGGAAAAUUCAGUAGAAUUUUUUUGUCCACUAUUUGAUGAUUGGAUGCUCUAAAAAGAAUAGAUAAAAUUAUCCCUAAAGGCUUUUGAACAUAAAAUGAAAGAAACCUGGAUUAGAAUUUAAUCUUGGGGCAGCACUAAUUGGCCUUCAAACAACUGAUCCCACUACAUUAGCUGGACACCAGGUGUGGAAUGGAAAAUGGUAUGUUCUUGUUUCUUUUGUGAAAGGGUUUUAAUGGCUACUUCAGUUGAUAUUCUGGUUGCCUUGUUGCAGAUUCUUAAGCUAGAAAUAGAAAAAGUAGCUGCUCAGCGCUCAUUCCUGUUUCUUUGGUGUGGCUCACAUGAAGGACUUAAUGAAGGGAGAAAGGUAAAAUAUAAAAAUAUGUAGAAAAUGAUCAAUUGUUGUCUUUUUGCGAUAAAACAUUUCGUAAAAGCAUAUUAAAAAUAUGUUGACAACAUUUCAACAUUUUGCUAAUGUCAUAAUCAAGUCAAAGAGUGAAAGAUAAAAUGUUUAAAUAUUAAAAAAACAAUAGGUAUUUAAGGUUUUUUUUAAUUGACUUGAUUGAUGACCAGGUAUUUUCAUUGUUCUUCCAUUGGGGGUUUUCUUUAAACCUGUUCCAACCCCCUUAGUAUGUCUUUGUUAACAGUGCCUAAAGAAAUGGGGCUUUCGUCGUUGCGAGGACAUUUGUUGGAUUAAAACAAAUAAAACCAAUCCUGGAAACACAAAAUACCUUGAACCUGAUGCCAUCUUUCAACACACUAAAGAACACUGUCUGAUGGGGAUAAAAGGAACUGUGAGAAGAAGUACUGAUGGAGACUUCAUUCAUGCAAAUGUGGAUAUUGAUCUUAUUAUCACUGAAGAGGUAAAUUGUCAUUAGAUUAUAAAAUAGAGUGGUGAAAAUCUUGCAAGCUGUGGGCCUACAUGGAAAAUAUCUUGAUGUAGCAUAGAGUUGAUUCAGUCUGGUUGUCUCGGAAUUCUUUUGGGCUGAUAAAUGUUACAUUCACCUAUUUGUUUAGCUCUUAUUGCUGAAUAACAAGAAUGAAAAACUCAAAUAGGAUUUGGCAUGAAAUGAAAAGUACAUUAAUUUCUUGCAUUUGGACUGUGAUAUGAAAAGCUGGGAUGUUAUAAUUUCAUAUUUUUGUUCACUAUUCACUGUUCAUUAUUAACUGCUCUUAGAGAAUGGAAUGGCAUGUGUUCCACAUAAACAUAUGCAGUAAGAUGGAGACUAACAUAAUCAUGAUGACACCCCUAUCCCCUUUUAAAUUUUUCUUGAAGCAUAUUAUUACUAUUAUUAGUAAUAAUUUAAUUAUUUAUUAAGUAGUGUAAGUUGAGAGUUCUUGAAGGAAAUAAUUAAUUGUACCAUCCAUUUCCAGCCUGAACUUGGGAGCACAGAAAAACCAACUGAGAUAUUUCACAUAAUGGAGCAUUUCUGCCUAGGAAGACGUCGGCUUCACCUGUUUGCUGUUGAUGAUACCCUAAGACCAGGUAACAUUUCAAUAAUCUUUUUCCAAUACUUGUACUAAUGUUUUUUUUCUAAAUACAGCUGCAAUAUUUAUUGGAUUUAAAAGAAACCACAAGCCUCUACACUGACUACAUUGUAGUUUACACCAAUUUUAUGAUUAAGGAACAGAAAUUUUUUUGGUUUGUCGUGAGUGUGAGACAAAGAAAAAUUUUGAGUCCUCAUGAGGAAGUGAUUUUCAGACCUUGGGAUUCCAUGCUCAUUGCUCUACCACUGAGCCACAGAGAAUCUGUGGUGAGCUAGGUUAAUACAUUACCUUGUGUGUAAAGAUAUUAACCCUUUCACUCCCAAGAUCUCUUUAGUAAUUCUCAUUACUGUCUGCCCUAUGAUUCUUAUGAUGUUACUUCUGAGAAUUUGGUUUUAGAUCAAGUUAUAAUGCCCUAAUUGAUUUUUUUCCCUAUUCUUGUCACUUGUGUGCUUGUUACUGUUAUGAUAUUGUUAGGAGAAAUUCUUUCUUAGGCACUCAAUGGAGUUAAGAAAUAUGGUAAUUUCUUAGCUUGGUAAUGAAAUACAUAAAAUGUUUCUUUAUCUUGUGACAGGCAUGGGAAAAGGAAAAAAUUCGGAGUUUUGAUGACUAAUUUUCUGUUUCUAUUUUGUGUUUGCUAGGCUGGCUAUCUGUGGGCCCCAGUCUUUCAAGUUCAAACUUCUCUGCUGAUUUGUACAACUCAUAUUUUUCCAGUGGACCAGAAGACCUUAUUGUGGGCAGCACACAAGAAAUUGAGACUCUUAGACCUAAAUCUCCCACAGGAAAACACAAGGGAGAUGCUGGAGGACGUGGGGGUGGUAAUGUGGCCACAAGGGGAGGGCCUGGUGCUCGGGGAAGGGGCAUGGUUCGUGGGGGGAUGAUGAGGGGAGCAGGAUUUCAAGGGAGGGGUGGGAGGGGUUUUGUGAGCUUUUCUGUAAGAUAG